UCGGGCUCUGUGCGUAGGCUUAAGUGGCAGGAGUGAGCGCCGAGCUGCCGAUCAGGCUUCCCGGGAGGCGCAGGCGGAAAAAGCGAGCGCCGAGCUGCUGUCGCCAUCUCCGGGACUCCAAACGCCCCAGGUCUCUGUGCUGUAGCUGCCAGGGCCUGAAGGAUGUUUCACGGGAUCCCAGCUACUCCUGGCAUUGGAGCCCCUGGGAACAAGCCGGAGCUGUACGAGGAAGUAAAGUUGUACAAGAAUGCUCGGGAACGGGAGAAGUAUGACAACAUGGCAGAGCUGUUUGCAGUGGUGAAGACCAUGCAGGCCCUGGAGAAAGCGUACAUCAAGGACUGCGUCACCCCGAAUGAGUACACUGCAGCAUGCUCCAGGCUCCUGGUCCAGUACAAAGCUGCCUUUCGACAGGUUCAAGGCUCAGAGAUCAGCUCCAUUGACGAGUUUUGCCGGAAGUUCAGACUGGACUGCCCACUUGCCAUGGAGCGGAUCAAGGAGGACCGACCCAUCACUAUCAAGGAUGACAAGGGCAACCUCAACCGAUGCAUUGCAGACGUAGUUUCGCUCUUCAUUACAAUCAUGGACAAGCUGCGUCUGGAGAUCCGCGCCAUGGACGAGAUUCAACCAGACCUCCGGGAGCUAAUGGAGACCAUGCACCGAAUGAGCCACCUGCCUGCAGACUUUGAGGGCCGCCAAACAGUCAGCCAAUGGCUGCAGACCCUGAGUGGCAUGUCGGCCUCUGAUGAGCUGGAUGACUCCCAGGUUCGCCAGAUGCUCUUCGAUCUGGAGUCAGCUUACAAUGCCUUCAACCGCUUCCUACAUGCCUGAGCCUGAGCGAGGCAGGAGUGAGACUCAUGGAGAUGUACCGCCCCAGCCCCCCAGUAUCUACGCCUGUCCUAGAUGUCUAUAUUGUCGAAAGUUACCCCCAAUAAAGAUCUGUCUGACCUUC